CUAUUACGGGAGGUGUGGAAUGUCGAUGCUGAGGGAACCGCAGAGAUGCAUCUUGGCUUGAUACGCGCGUUACUCGAGAAAGGAGAUUUGGUGGCAUAUUUUGAUGCUUUUGUGAAGAACGUGAAUUCCCGGGGAGUAACAGCGCUGUCUUCAUCCGCGAGAUGGUAUAAGGCAGUGUCGGGGUUGUUGGUGGACGAAGGAGAGUCUAUUCGAGCGGCGGUGGUGCAGCAGGGAGUGGAAGCGGUGGGGCGGCUCAUGGAGCAUCGGGGAGAAGGAGAGGUUAUUGAGAGAAUGAUGGGUGCGGUAUUAGAAGGUCUUCGACCGCUGGAGCACCAAGUAGCACUCGUGCGUCAGCUUGUUGAUGACAUGUCUGGGACUACAUGCAAGCCUCUAGCCGUAGCUCUCACUGCUACCCGUCAGCGGUUGGACGGAUGGAAACUGCCAACAGAGGAUGUCAUUUCUGAUGAAAAAACCGUCAAAUUGGGUCACUCUGUUGACUCAUUGUUGGUGGAAGUGCUCGCCUCCCUCUCUUCGUUUCGAUAUGAUGACAAAACGAUGCGGAAAUGUUUGCGUAAACUUCAGCGCCACUGGGAAACUGGCACGUCGGAGUUGAUCUGGAAAAACGAUCUUAGUCCCAAUAUCGGCGCUAUCGUAGCAUCGGCGGAGGAGGACACCAUCAUGGAAAUCGCUGAUAUUAUCGUUGACCAUGAUCUUCCGUUUCAAUGGCGGGCCUGGCCAGAAGCGCUCUCGUUGGCUGUCGGACAGAAAGUAGUUCAAAACGGCGAUAAUGAGAAGCUUGUGAGGAAAGCACUCAGCAGUGCUGCAGGUACUUCUUUUGUGUAUCUCUCGUUAAAGCAGUUCGCUAUCGAGGAUCUCCCGGAGUUUAUAUUACCUCUUCCUGGUGGGCGAAUUGAACUACUCAAUGGACUUAACCGAGAGGAUAUGAAUUCAAACUCGCCGAUUGGACCAUCGUUGAGAUGGUCCCAAGCACAGCUAUCAGCAGUUGGUGAUGCUGUUGGUUCUUCGGUGAACGUUGAUGCUGCUGCUGGGGCGUGCGCGUUUAUGCUGAGAGCCGACCACAAGAGUUGCGAUGCUGCGAAAAGUCUACAACGACUGUUGGGGGCAUGGGAAUCGAACCCGGAUGCCGAGCUCCGCCCCUUCUCCGAGAAGGCCUAG